CUCCCCCUUGAAUAGAUCAGACAGAGAGAGAGAGAGAGAGCUGGUGUCGGCGUGAGCAUUUCCAUGACCGGGACCCACAUUUUUAAUUAUCAAAUCCCUCCCAGUUUCACCUUCCUCUCCCAUGUGCCCCCACCUCCAUUACGUCUCUCUCUCUGAAUAAUCGGAGAACAGAGUUAUGAAUGCGAGCUGGAAGUUUUGAAUCUCAGUAUGGAUUCAAGAACUCGUCUCGACAGUGUUCUGUUUCAGCUCACGCCAACGAGAACCAGAUGCGAUCUGGUUAUUUCUGCUCGUGGGGUGAACGAGAAACUAGCCUCUGGACUGCUUGAACCAUUCCUCUCUCAUCUGAAAUCCGCCAAAGAUCAGAUUCAGAAAGGCGGGUAUUCAAUUACGCUUCGGCCGCCAUCGGCCAAUCCUUCCUGGUUUACCAAAGCCACUUUGCAAAGAUUUGUGAGGUUUGUCAGCACACCUGAAGUUCUCGAGAGAUUUGUUACAAUAGAAAGAGAGAUUGCUCAGAUUGAGUGUUCGGUUCAGUCAAAUGAGCGGAUAUCUGCGACAACAGGGACAGAAGCAGAUGUCUCAGCCGGUGAUGAGAAUGCCAAAAAGUCAACUGCUUCCUCUAAGUCAAAAAGUGAAUCCAGUGGAAUCAGUGAUGCCAUGCAGGAAGAAAGUUCCAAAGUUCGUCUUCAACGUGUUCUAGAAACUCGGAAGGCAGUACUCCUGAAAGAGCAGACAAUGGCUUAUGCCCGUGCCUUGGCUGCAGGAUUUGAGAUGGACAAUAUAGAUGAUCUCAUUUCGUUUUCUGAUGUGUUUGGUGCUUCACGUUUAAGGGAAGCCUGCAUAAAUUUCAUGGAGUUGUGUAAGAAAAAAGACAAUGAUGGGCUCUGGAUGGAUGAAAUAGCAGCAUUGCAGGCAAACUCUCACUCAGAAUUUUCAUAUCUGGGAACUUCUGGAAUCAUUCUUGCUGGUGAAGAUAAUGAUCAUAGUCAAGGACUAGUGAUAAAUGUCCAAAAUGGUGGUUUUUCUAGCAGGAAACAGAAUGGCUCCAUGGAUGCAUCAGCAUCUGAGUCUGCUCCCAGUCAUGGAAGUUUAGACAAUACCCAAGAUAAUAGCUUGCCAACAUCAGCUCAGUUGCAAUCAACAGAUGGAAAGGCACAAGUACCAAUGUCAUGGCCAAACCAUUUUCCACAGUACAUGCAUAAUUUUCCGGGUCCUGUAUUUCAACAAAUGCCCCCAUAUCAAGCUUACCUUUUUCCCGGGAUGCAGGGAGCCCCUCAUUAUUAUCCGGGAAAGAUGCAGUGGCCACCAAAUGUGGAAGAUUCUGGUGUGGGUCAUGAUCAUGAAUCAGAUGAUCGUUACAGCCGAAAAUCAUCAAGAAAGAAAGAGAAACCUUCACGGGGAAAUGGAUCACAAACUUUAGAACAAGAUGAUGAAGCAGGGUUCAGUGGUUCCAGUUCUGAGAGUAGUUCAGAGGAUUUUAUGCAGCAUGGGAAAAAGCAUUCUUCUACUCAAGAAAUAAAUAGAAAAAACCCUGGGAAAACGUCAUCAAGAAAGGUCGUUAUCCGCAAUAUUAAUUACAUUACUUCAAUGAGAGAUGGAGAGAACAGUACCUCCGAGGAGAAUUCAUCCGAGGAAGAUGAAUUCGUCAAUGGAGAGUCCUUAAAGCACCAAGUAGAGGAAGCUAUAGGGUCAUUGGAGCGACGCCAUAAAUCAUCCUCCCAUAAAAACAAGAAGCGAGAGGGAAUCAAGCACCAUAAUCUUGUGAACAGAUUAAUUAGUGAUACCAAGCAGGACAAUGAAAAUUUGGUUGCAAACAAUUCUGAAGGAGAAAAGAGAAACGAGAAUUGGGAUAUUUUCCAGAACCUUCUUAUGAAGGAAACCGACUCCAGUUCUAAUGUUAGAGAUGCUCACCAAGUACAGGUUCAGGACGAGUAUGUUACCCAUAAGAGCUCCAGGGAAGAAAUACCAAUGACAAGACAUAUUGCUUCAACUGAUUCCUUUGUUGUGACUAACAGGAAUACAAGUGAUGAAGGUGGGAUCCACGUCAAGAACUUCGAAGCUGGAGAUAAUGUUCAACCAGUUAUUAAGAGAAGAGACAACAUGUAUGAGGAGAUGUUAUUUUUAAAGAAGACUAAAGAGGCAGAAAACUGCCCCCAAGUUAUUAUAUCUGAUCAUACAACUGAAACUUCUGUUUCUAAGAUCCAUAAAGGUGAAGAUUGUUUUCUUAUUAACCAACCGGAUAAAUCAAUAACUCAGGAUGAAGCUAAUCGCAAUAUCUUUGAGGGAGAUUACACCCCAUCAUUCUCUAGGGAUCAUUCCCAGAUUCAGAACAAUAAGAAUGGUCUUGUUGAUGACUCAUUCAUGAUUCAAGAUCAUCUGAUGGACAAUGACUUAUCUGCUUCUCAACUGAAGACAGACAUAUUUAUGGUCUCAGACAUUGUUGGAGCUAUAACAAGCAAGCCAGAUGAUCUACAAGAGAAUGUUGGAACUACUGGCAACUUUGAACCAGACGAUCUCUGUGUGGUGCUUGGACGAGAUUCAGCUGUGGAACAAGAAGUGGAGCUUUGGAACCCUGAAGUGGAUUAUGGCAAUAACAAUUCAAAGCCAGAAGCUAGUGAAAGGGCAGUCCCUAGUGGAGAACCAACAGAUGCUAAGCUGUCCUCAAGCAAUGAGGUAACCAACCGUAAGAGUAAUGGAGCUCCUGGAGGAAAGUCCUCGAGCAAAGAAGCACGGUCUAGGACAUCAGUUGGAUCUCUUGGAAGGAGCAAAUCUGAGAAUACAUCAAAGUGUAAGAAGCCAUCUUCUGGAAGUAGAACCAUGAAUCAGAAGAAAAAAUCUGAGAAGGACGAAGAAAACAGAAAGAAAACGGAGGAACUAUUGAUUCAACGCCAAAAAAGAAUUGCUGAAAGAAGUGCCACCAGUGGUUCUAACCCAGCAAGAUCUAAGACAAUACUAAAGGAGAAUAAGGAAGCAAUGGCUCCCGUAAAGAGUGAGAAGCUGAACCUUCAGUCCCCAAAGCAGCAGGCAGAAAAGAAGCCCGUCCUCAGGAGUUCCACUAUAGAUCGUCUUGCAGCUGCAAAGUCAAUUCACAAACCAUCAACUGAAGUAAAAUCCAGCCAACCAAGAAAACCAAUUUUGAAGGCUUCUGGGGCUGAGAACAAGAAGCCGGGUACUAACAGGAUCAAAUCUUUGGAUGAGAAAAAUAGCCGCAAGAACGGGCUGCUUACUUCAGCCUCUGGCCCCCAAGAGACGGCCAAUGCAGAUGCAGCAAUAAGCACUGCACAAACAACCGAACCCUCCAAUGGAUUUGAGGAUUCUGAAAACAUUACAGAGUUGCAUAGUAUAUCUUCGGCCAUGAAGGAUGAAAUAGAUAAGGCCUUGCAAACGGAUACUUUGGAUGAUAAAAGCCGCGACAGGAAUCCACCUGAUGAAGGCUCCUACAUGCCCAUCAAAGAUCACUCUGCCCAAUUAGAUCAUUUGAAAGGUGACGAUCAGUUAACCUCAGUAGCAUCUCCAGUUGUUAAAGAUAUGACACUGUCCAAUGAACACGUGCAAUUUGUCCCCGAGGCAGGCAUUCAACUUUCUCCCCCGGCACCUAACAAAGCUUCGGAUUCCAUUGCCUUGCGCGUUGCUGAGGAUGGUGUUGCAAAUGAAAAAUUCUGUGUGUCACCUGAAGCAUCUCUUGUAGGAAUGUCAACGCCGCCGCCCACCCACUCCCGGAAGAAAUGGAACAAUGAUGAAAGCUCCCCUAAGGUCUCGAAAGGACUCAGGAAGCUUCUCUUCUUUGCCCGGAAGAAUCCCAACUAG